GUCGAGCAAAAGAAACAUCUUCCGUGGUUAAAGUUCAAGAACAUGGCAGCCACAGUGUAGCUGCUCAAUGUUAGAAAGCCAUGCUGGAAUCUGUUACUUGUGCUGCGCUUCUCCAGGAUUUCUGACCGUGUGUUUUUAUGUAGACGCUUACCAUUAAUCACACAAUCGUCAUGUUGCGAGCUUUAUCGCGGUGUCCGGUUCCUGCAGUUCGUCUUCUCGCCCCUCGCUCUGCUGUAUUAGUCGAAUCUGUCAGGGGAAGAAAAUCUCGCACAGACCCCAAAGCAAAGUCUAAAAUCGGACGGAUCAAGACUCCUCCGCCCGUGGAUCCAGUGGAAAUGAUCGCCAUGAAGGAGCGAUACACGGAGUACAGUCUGAUCCUCAAAGCCCUGCGACUUGAAUUCAGGGAGAAUAUGUUGAGGAAGCGAUAUGAAGAAAAGGUCGGCUCCGUGGCAGAGGAGAGAGCAAAAAGAGAUGCUGAAGAGCAUAAAUCCCUCAUGGCCUGGAAUGAUGCUGAGAACCACAGGUUACAAGUAAUACGAGAGCAGCGCGUUCAGAAGGAGGCUGAGGCCGCAGAGGAGAAGAGGAAAGAAGCAGCGAUGUUGCAUCAACAAGAGCUGGAGAACUACAUUAAAGAGAAAGAAAGACAAAUUCUUCAACUACAGGAAGAGGCAAAGAACUUCAUCACACUGGAAAAUCUAGAUCAGCGGAUUGAAGAGGCUCUCGACAAUCCGAUAAACUACAAUUUUGCCAUUGAUAAAGAAGGACGGGUUGUCAAACGGACUGCUUUUCAGUGAUAAUUACAAGAUUUGAUGAAUAAAACACCUGUGUAUAUAUAAAACACAUACUGUCGGUGUCAACAUUUAAGCUGUUAAAAUGAAUUUAGUUUGACCUUGAGAUGUAUGCUUUGUGUGAAUAUGUGCUGUGAAUAGUUUAUUUUCAAAGUGUAUUUCAAAGAUUCUUAAUUUUUCCAAA